AUGGCAGCCAAGGUUCUCAGAACAAAGGAUUCUGACAUUUGAACUUCUCAGUUACUGGAUUCAGUACCUGAAGGACUUCAGGUAGCCUGGGUCUGCCUCAGGAGUUUGCAGCAUUGUUUUUCUGCAGGAAGUCACUAGAGCCAGUUUUGACAGAGUCUACAGUGUUCAAGGAGCCUGGGCUUUUGAGCCCUUGGCCCCUAUGGGCGACUCAUACUGUGGCAGCAGCUGCCCCACCAUGGAGCAUUGUAAUUCCGAACGCCAAUGCAACCAGAGCCUCUCUGUAGUCCCUUUCCCUUUAGAGGACAGGCCUGACCGGGAGGGUGUCACACCCUGUGACGACUUGACCCCUGAGGAUCCUUCUUCCCUCCCUCCUGUCCAAGGGGCAGGGGGAACCAAUGAGGUAACAGGACCCAUGGGAGGAAGAAAUGAAAUUCCGGAGAAGCCAGAGGAGCUUGGUGAAGAGGAGAAGGAUGAGACCAUGAAUGGCGAGGUGUGCAGCCUCUUCGACUACUCAAAAAUGAAAUGGGCUGAAUGGGAGGAAGAUGAGGAGACUAUGUACGAUUCAGACGAGGAGACAAGAUGCCGGGGCGUCUGGGAACUGCUUUUUGUGGUGAAAAUUGCUGCGGCAGGUCUAGACAAGUCGAAGAAGGUCAGAGGUCACAACUCUCUGUUCACUGUUCCUCCUAUCCUCCAGCCGUCCAGCAGUGUCUCUUAUUAUAUGGAUCAGGUCACUCCUGAAGAACAUGAGACUUGUCAGGACUUGCCCAAGUGUCAACGAGCAGAAAAUGGAGACCGCAAGCAGUGUCCUGGGCUUGAGGAGGAUGAAACUAUUGUGGUGAGCACAGAGCUGCCCACCUGCAGAGGAAGGACAGGCCCAGUGGGGGUGCCAGGUGGGACAGCAUGGAGUCCUUGUACCUGCUGUGAAGCAGAGGAGGACCCCAGUGUCUGGGCAGAUGAGCAAUGGGAGAAGGUCUUCAGCCAGGAAAGGGGUCAGGGAAGAGGUGUUGGGGAAAUGCCAGGGAGCUCUGAGAGAGAGAGAGGGGAGGACAGAGAGAAGCACCAUACAGACCAGUGUGUGUGCCUGUGUGUGGCUUUAAUGUGAGUGAGUCCUGAAACUUUGCAUUGACAGUUGGCUCAUUUAGGUAAAAACAUAAUUUGGAAAUCCAUAAAUGAGUAAUAUUGGCCCCAUUGCUGCUGACCCUGAAUGUCUCUAACUCCUCCUCUUUGUCUUGGCAGAUGGAAAGCCAGGAGCCUGGAACUUCAAAGAGCUCCCCAGUGUCAGCCUUGCAGUCAGAGGAGGGGGACCUUCCUUCAGAUAAAGAAGGCACCUCCUGCCUGAAUUUCCGGGGCUUCUUCCACUGGCUCAGGAAGAGAGUGGUAUCCUCCCUGCCAGGGAGAAAGCGCCGUGAGAGGGCCAGCAAGGUGCCAUUCUCCUGCCACUAAAGAAAAGACAUUUGGUUGGAGGCCACAGUCUCCAACCUCAAGAAUCCCUCUAGUUCAGAACCCUAUGCACCCAGAAUUUUAAUUGAUUCCCCCGCCCAUGUUGUAGAGUUAGCAUGGUUUUCUGUUUUCCUAAUAAAGUUCUUGUUUUGCA